AUGAUGAACGUUUGGAAUACCCUCAAAAGUACGAAAUUAUUUAAUUGUCAGUCUAAUGCAGUCCAUUUUUAUGAAGAGCCAGAGCUGUCAGGAUUGCUGAUUGAAUUUAGUGUGAAACCUUGUUCAGAUUUGGAUGCCCCAUCGAAGAAAGAUCCAUCGUUGAGCGAAUUCCUGCAUUGGCUAGUCGUCAACAUUCACGGCCAGUCGAUUAACAGCGGCCAUGAACUCGCUUCGUACCGUGGUCCGAGACCACCAAAAGGUUCAGGUCCGCACAGGUACUACUUCCUAGUUUUCAAGCAGAAGAACCAGAUCCCAAGGAAGGAGGUAGAAUCCCGACCUCGAUUCGAUGCACUGGCCUUCGCUCGCCAAAAUGGAAUGGGGGAUCCAAUCGCAGGGAACUUCUUCAAGGCCCAAAAUGACUGA